AUGAAACAUUUCUAUCCUGAUGGGAGUGGUCUCUUCCAGGAUGACAGUGUCCCCAUCCACCGAGCUCGAGGGGUCACUGAACGAGUGGCGCUGUACCGGCCGGACCUGGACGGCCUGGCGGUCCUGUGCAACGAGACCACGCGCAGGGGCACUACCGAUUCGCUGGCCUGGACGGCUGCCGGAGCUACGUGGAUGCGUCGCCCACGUCCUGUGCCUCACCGCGCCACGGUAGAGGCCCCCCCCCCAGUCCUGUGCCUCACCGCGCUGACCGAUCCUGACGUGCCCAGGAACUUCAGGGUGACCGUUUGGGACAGCAACAGCGUGACCGUGGGAUGGGACUGCCCCCCGAGCGACCCCGCCUCGGGCCUCACCGCCUUCCUGCUCACGGUCUUCCACGUGGACGGCUCUGGCCACGUCCUGGAGGAGAGGAGCUUCAGACACACGCUGGGCAGCCCGGUGUUCACCGUGGGCAGCUUGCCUCCCUGUAGCAGGGUGCAGCUGGGGCUUCAGGUGGUGUGCCAGUCUGUGGGCCAGUCUGUGGGCCAGUCUACGGGCCAGUCCCGCCUCAGCAGGAUGGUCCUCAGCGAUGGAAACUCUGCAAACUCUGAAAUCAUAAACCUACACCAGUCCUCCUUUGGCUCCCACAACUAUACGGUGAGCUGGUCUGUGCAGAACAUCUCCUCCAUCUCCAGCUUUAAGGUGUACCACCAGGGGGAGCUCCAGAGCUCCACGCUCCUCACCUGGCACACGGUGACAGGCCUGCUUCCCUGCCACCAGUACAGCUGCAGGGUGGAAGCCCUGUGUGGGGACAGCACGGUCAUGAGCGUUAGCACCAUCCAGACAAAAACAGGCCCUGGUGAAGUGUUGGAUCUCCGAUUUAGACAGAAGGACUCGAUAGCCCUGUGGAGCGGCAGGUCUGGGGUGGGCGUGGCCUUCUUGUACCGCCUCUCUGAGAGGGGCGGCCCGAGCGUCCGGAAGGGGAGGCUGGCAGGCCCCCCCCUGCCUCUGCCGGGCCUGAGGCCUGGCUCCCCGUAUGACCUGGAGGUGGUGCCAGAGUGCGAGGGUGGCGAGCGUGGAGCUCCAGCUGUGCUCUACUUCAUCCCAGAGGAAGUCCCUGGCAGUGCCCCCAACGAUGCCCCUGGAGACAUCCUGCUACCCAGAGUUGUUGACUCUGCAGACCAAACAACAGAUCGCCUCGGACUGCAGGUUCAUCUCCCCAGCCAUGAAAUGUUCCUUGUUGUGCCAUGGACAAUGCCGCCAUCGCUGGAGGAUCCGAGGGCAGAAGCUCGAGUCCUGCUGGAGGGCAUUAUUAAAAGCAAGCUGCAGAACUUACUGAGUAAGUUCCCCCACAAAGCCUGA